CCUUUAGGAAUUCAAUGAUCCUGGUGGGUGCAGCGUUCUUCCAUCGGCGCUUACUGCAGCUGUUCCAAGAGCAGCUGGGUGAAGUACACACUCUGGUCGUCCAAACGCAGAACUGUGACGACAUCGCCAUGAACUUUGCCAUGGCACGUCAACUCUCACAGGUGUCCGGACUCAAGCGGGCCUCAGGGGUGUUCCUGAAGCCCGUAGACAUGCGGAAUCUGGAGAAGGAAGCCAGCAGCGGGUAUGUGGGCAUGUGGCACAGAGCGGAGCACAUGCUGCAGCGCUCCUACUGUCUCAACAAGCUGACACACAUCUACGGGAACAUGCCGCUUCGCUACUCCAAUAUCAUGAUCUCCCAGUUUGGCUUCCCUAGCUAUGCUAAUCACAAGAGCAGGAUAUGAUGUCAGCACAUUUGAGAGACAGACAGGUACAGUCUCAAUAAUGAGAUAUUGGAUCA